UUUUUCUUUUCAACUGCAAGUAGAAGAAGGGCGUUUUUUUUCUUACCAGAAGAUAUAGAAGAUAUCAGUAUCACCGGUAGAUACGUACCACUAAAUUCAGACGCGCAUUAAUUAUGAAUAUGUUGAACCCGAUCUCGGAAUUGAAUACAACUAAGUACGCCUGUCCCUAAGUAUUCAACACGCAAGAAGAUCGAUGAUCACGGUUAACAAUCUCGUUUCACGAAACAGGAAGUAACAGAAGAAGUUGCGCGACUACGGAAAAUAUAGAAAAUUCUGACAGCAAGAAGAUUUUCCAAACGUGAAGCCAUCGACCACAUCAUCCAGUGUCGUCGCAGCUGCAGGACUUGCAGGACGGGGAGAGAACCAGGACCACGCACGAAGUUCAUACGGGAAGAUUGAUUCUGAUACGUAGACAGCAGGAGCAUCGGCCUCAGCUACUGGAAGAACUCUACUUCUGGCGACCUUCGUCCUACCUGCUCCUGAACUAGUAUGACAACAACUUCCAAGAACAUGUUGAAGCUCCUCCUGGUGUCUUCCCGCCAGGGAGAAGGACGUAGCAGGGCUUCUAGUUCCGUGGUUCAGCAUGUAGUUUUGUUCGUCCUGGUUGUACUCUACUGCGCUGGAUGUGGAUUGCUGGAUAAUUUAAGUUCAUCAUCUCCUGGUCGUGGCUUAUUUCUACUCCCCGGUUGCUGGGCCGCGGUGGAGGGAAACAAAAUUUUCGAGCGCCAAUUUACUUCGUCUUCCGGAGAACUCUUGUUAGCCACGAGAUUUUCACCUCCUCAAAAGCACGGGGAGCACAACAACAAAGAGAAUGAUCCAGCAGUAGAACCACGACAUCAAAAAGUCGGCUCGGCGUUGCAGAUACUACAACCUGGCGAGCAGCAGCGGCCGGUUUUAUUGCGUGAAGAUGAUCUUCAUGGGGACCACGAACACGAACUGCAAGAGGAACUACAAACGGCUCCUGCGCAAACAAGACAGCAAGGCCUUUUGGCUCCUGCGCAGCAGCUUGCGCAGUGGGAAGCGUCCGUGGCCGCGCUGCAGGCGUCAGAGACCUCGUUGACAUCCAUGGUGAUCCAGCUGAACGCGACAAAAGCGAACCUGCAGCGGGCGAACCGAGAGCUCCGCACGAGCGCCAAGACCUGCGCCCGCGACGUGGCGGACGUGCUAUCCUGUGCAAAAGUAUCGUGCUUGUAUUGCAGUCAUGCAUUACAAAUCCUGUUCUUCUUCUUAAGGUAAUUCCGCAUUACAGAUUCUCAUUCCGCAUUACAAAUUUGAUUUCUCAUGCUGCGGAAAUUUGUAAUGCAUUUAUACGAGUGCGAUACUUUUGCUUUUGCAAUGCAUACGUGCGCGAGAACAGCAAGCUGGGUUUUCGGGUCGUCCGCGACCUCCUGGCGCUGCUCGAAACCGUGGCGGAGUGGACGUUGACGUAUUUGCUGGCCCUGUCCAAGCUGGAGUAUACCUUUACGAUCGUUUUACUCGCCUGCGGCUACAUAGCGGUGGUGAUCGGGAUUGUGCUCCCCUCCUAUCCUGAGCAAAAACGUACCCACGCCAGAGUUGUAAUGCAAAUCUGCAUGCUGAAAAUGUUUCUCAUGCGGAGCUCCAUGAGAAGCAUUUUCUAGUGGUGUUUGGCAAUUUGUCAUGCUCCAAUCAGCAUGGUAUGCUAGAUCUGUGAUGCUGCUGAGCUAGCUCAAACAGCACUACACUACGAAUCCAAAUUUGUCAUGCAAAACAGCCAAAACUUGUGGAUUUGUCUAGCCGAUUCCCCAUCUUGACUCUGGUGUGGGUACGUUUUUACUCAGGAUACCUCCCGCCUGGUGUUCCUUCCACUCGAGUACCUCCCUCCGGACGGCUAUCUGGUGUAAAAACGUCCCCACCCCAGUAGAGUUGUCAUGCAAAUGCACAAUGACAGGAACAUUUGUAAUGCGCAUCUCCUUGAGAGGCAUUCGUGUUUUGCAAUUUGUAAUGCUGUAAACGGCAUGACUAAAUGGCUUUCUCAUGCGGCUUUCCUUGCUAACCAGCAGCACACUGCAGAUGGAAAGUUGUCAUGCAGAACUCCCAAGACUUGGAGAUUUGUGUUGCCGAUUGCCUAUCUUGGAAAAAAAAUUUCCCAUCUUGCCCAUGGUGUGGGGACGUUUUUACUCAGGAUAACGGCGUGGAGGUGCCGGGAGACCACUCCGACGUCGAGCGGGACCCGGUGCCGGCGCGUGGCCACGGCCGCGGCCACGGCGCAGCCAGAACCGAAAGCGGGCU